CCAAAACACAAAAGAAGAUUGGCCCAAGUGGGAUCCCGUAUUUCUUAGCGUUUGCCCAGUUUAGCUUUAACAUGCUAGCCGGCGUGAUUCAGGAACCACUUUUCCACGAGUGAAGAAAACACUCGUUUUAUUUGUGUUUUUGUUUUUUUGUGGGUAGCUUUGCCACGCGCCACGGACGGAGUAUUUGUUAAAUUAGCAUUAGCUCAGCCCAGCUGCCAGGCUACUGUAUGGUAUGCUAGCUCGUUAGCUGGAUAGUGUAAAUCGAGCAGACGUCUAAAAAUAAAAUCAAACAGCGCCACAACAAUGAAUGUAGCUAAAAGCAGUUAUCGCGUCUUUUCUGCAAACUCUUCCGUAGCAUGCACUGAAUUGGCUAAAAAGAUCACAGAGCGACUGGGAGUUGAAUUGGGAAAAUCUGUGGUGUUCCAGGAGCCAAACAGAGAGACGAGGGUGGAUGUCAAGGAAUCUGUUCGUGGACAAACUAUCUUCAUCAUACAGACCAUCCCAAGAGAUGUCAACACAGCCAUCAUGGAGUUGCUGGUCAUGGCCUACGCUCUCAAGACAUCUUGUGCAAAGAACAUCAUUGGAGUGAUUCCUUACUUUCCCUACAGCAAGCAGUGCAAGAUGCGAAAGAGGGGCUCAAUAGUGUGCAAGUUGUUAGCAUCAAUGUUGGCUAAAGCAGGAUUAACCCACAUUAUCACCAUGGACUUGCAUCAGAAGGAGAUCCAGGGCUUCUUCGGUUUUCCAGUAGACAACUUGCGUGCCUCACCCUUCUUGAUUCAGUACAUCCAAGAAGAGAUUCCUGAUUACAGAAAUGCCAUCAUUGUGGCCAAAUCUCCAUCAGCGGCAAAGAGAGCUCAGUCCUAUGCAGAACGCCUGCGUUUGGGUUUGGCUGUAAUUCAUGGUGAAGCCCAGUGCUCAGAGUCUGACAUGGCUGAUGGAAGACAUUCCCCACCCUCUGUACGCAACACUACCGGACACACAGGACUGGAACUUCCCUCAGGCAAACAACAAGCUCCGUUUCCUGGCAUAGAACUUCCAAUAAUGAUGGCGAAGGAGAAACCUCCUAUUACUGUAGUCGGAGAUGUGGGAGGAAGAAUUGCCAUCAUUGUGGAUGAUAUUAUAGAUGAUGUGGGAGACUUUGUUGCAGCUGCAGAGAUCCUGAAAGAGAGAGGAGCCUAUAAGAUUUACAUCAUGGCCACACACGGUUUACUGUCUGCAGAUGCUCCUCGCCUCAUAGAGGAAUCUGCCAUUGAUGAGGUGGUGGUCACUAACACAGUUCCUCAUGAAGUACAGAAGCUACAGUGCCCCAAAAUCAAGACUGUGGAUGUCAGCAUGAUACUGGCUGAAGCCAUCCGCCGCAUCCACAAUGGAGAGUCCAUGGCUUAUUUGUUCCGCAACAUUACUGUGGAUGACUAGAGCAAAAUCCAGUGCUGACUGAGGUUGGUCUGAUAGUGACUGAAGUCAGGUGAAUGUAUUUGGGCUCUCCUACCUGAUCAGUGCUAUAACAAGUAAAUGUCACAUUCAAAGUAUUUUGUGUGUGUGUGUUUGCCAGGAUGUGUCCUAAUUCAUUUACCAAG